GUCCAAGAUGGUCCUGGGAUUCGAAGCGAAGGUGUGCUAAGAUAAACACAGCAAAUUUCCUGUUUAAAGGGACAGUCAGUGACUUUGGUGGGCGCAAGCCGAAGUGCUGUUUUGACGCACAAAAUACAAACAAAUACAAUCCCUCUCUUCAGCCUGAAUGAGCCAGAGCUUUUUGAAUUCAUGGGCAAUUAGAAGAGACCACUCCAUGUCCUGAUUGGUUGGUGUUGAAUUUGAGGUCCCCAGCCUGACAUGCCUGCUGUGAGCACGUAUUUAUUUGAAACUGUUUGAAUGUGAGAAGAGCUACAAAUAUUACAAUGUUCUUGAGGGUACAGCUAGCGAAUGAUUACGAGAUAGCAGUGCUUCAAGGAUGAUGUCCUAUGGGAAGAUAGAUAGACAGAAUUUGAAGAGAAGACAGGAACGGCACAGUAACACCAAAAUCUCCUCAUCUGUGAAGCCUGGUGGAGGUAGCGUCCACCUGCAAAGUGGCUGCAUUAUGGACGAUUUUUGAGGAAAGUUUUUAAGUAUCAAGACAUUUUACAGGAACAUUUCAGGGUAGUGUUGUCAUCUAAAGCUUGAAGACGUUUGGUGAAUAAACAAGACAUUGACCCCAGCCAAAAAAACCCAGGACAAUCAACAACAGAAAAUUUGUAUUUAGCUCAAAUACAUAGCUCAAAAUGAGAUGCUGUGUCAUGACAUGUAGAGGGCAGUUCAUGCAAGAAAGUCCAGAAAUAUCGGCAAACUGAAACAGUUUUGUAGGAAGAACUUUCUAAAAUUCCAAAAGUCCAAUCAGCUUCUAUAGGAAACAUUUGCUUACAAUAUGUGGAGGAUAUUGCUGCUGAAGGAUGUUUCAAUGCAAUGGUUCACAUCCUUCUUCUAGUCAUUACUGUUAAUGAUUAAUCUAUAUGGAAAAACUGAAUGUAUUGCCUGCUGUCAUAUCAAGUUCAGACCACAUGUUAAGUGUAUUAAUGCAAAUAUCCAGCUGGGUUUAGAAUACCAGCUGUAUUUUCCCGAAAAAUAUUUGGUUUGACCCAAAUAAUUAUUUAUUUUUAUUACCGCACUGUUGCAUCAAAUCUGUUAACAGCCCUGCCAGAAAUUCCACAGAAAUGAGCAGGGAAUCAACUCUGAGCUCUGAAAAACCUUUCAUUGAGAUUUAUUUACACUGCUGUAGUAUGGAGAGGAUAGUUACUGAUGUUUACAUUGUACAUUGUUGUGCUUAUAAUUUAUUACGCCUGGUUGCUGGUUUAAAAUAGAAGGAAUAGACGAACAUCACGGGUUUUAAUUCUAUGGCUUGCAAAAAAAUAUCUCUUCGUUUUUAUUAUUAUUAUUAUUAUUAUUAUUAUUAUUAUUAUUUCAGUUUUGAUGGUAAUUCUGCAUGUUUUUGUUCCCAUUUGACGUUUUUGCUCUCUAGCAGUUUAAUGUGCAGAGUUACUGUGUGUUUAUUGUGUUUGUGGUUAGCUAUUCUUCUAGACAACUAGUAACUAGUUGUCAUGGUGACGACCUUUGGAUUAUAGGGGAGAGGUCAGCCAGGAACAUUUACUUCCUGAUUGUCCAACAAGAUUCUGGAUUUUAAAAGCUGCACACUGACGCUCCGUGCUGUUAGAGCUGCACUCAUUCUGCUGUGCCAGCCUCACACACCAGCCUCAGGCUCUUAUCAAGUGCUGGACAGGGUCACAUGACUACAAAAUGGUGGAGGCUGUCGGUGGGUGAGCCGAGCAUCUCUGUAGCUGCACAGAGGAACGGAGAGAAACGCAGAAGACUCACACACACACUCAUGAUCUCUGAAACCUGGAGCAGGAGCGAGAGAGAUUGAAAGGAAAGGAGAAGUGUGUAUCAGCAGUGAUCCCCCCUCCCCUUUCCCUCCGGUGAUGAGGGGAUGGAGCAGCCUUCUGAACACAAGAUGAGCUCUGAGGGGGCAGAAGGCCGACCAGCUCCUCCCACUAGUCUGCCACUAAAGGGUGAUGGAGGCGGCUCUCAACGGAAAAAGCUGUCCGCCCCCCGGAUCAGCCUCUCGCUGGAUCAAAGUGAAGACGACCUGUUCGACACCCCUGAUGACCUAGACAUUAAUGUGGACGAUUUGGACACACCUGACGAAGCUGAUGUCCUGGACUACACUGAUCACGAGUUGGACUGGGAAGAACCUCAGGAAUCCCAGAGAGCUCCAGUGAAGCAGGAGACCGAACCCGUCCCUACAUACAGCUCAGAGGAGGAGCGACAGGACUCCAAACUCUGGAGGACUGUCAUCAUUGGGGAACAGGAGCACCGCAUCAAUAUGAAGUGUAUUGAACCCUACCAAAAAGUCAUCUCCCAUGGAGGCUACUACGGAAAUGGUGCGAAUGCCAUUAUUGUGUUUGCUGCUUGCUUCCUUCCGGACAGCGAUAGUGAGGACUACCACGAAAUAAUGGAGAACCUCUUUCUGUAUGUGAUCAGCACGUUGGAGCUGAUGGUAGCGGAGGACUACAUGAUCGCCUACCUGAACGGGGCCACUCCUCACAGGAGGACGCCUGGCCUCGGCUGGCUGAAGAGGUGCUACCAGAUGAUUGACAGGAGGCUCCGAAAGAACCUGAAAUCCUUUAUUAUUGUUCAUCCUUCGUGGUUUAUCAGGACUAUCCUAGCCAUCACCAGACCUUUUAUCAGUUCAAAGUUCAGCAGUAAGAUUAAGUAUGUGAACAGCUUAGCAGAGCUGGAAGAGCUCAUCCCUAUGGAAUAUGUCCAUAUUCCUGAAUGCAUCAUCAAAACAUGUCGAGAUGGGAGGGUGGGCAGUGGGCACGAGGCUCGAAAAGCUGCACAGAGGAUGCAAAAAAAGAGGUUGGAGGUUGAAGGACUCGACGAGGAGCUACAGGAAGCUGGAGAGAACUCAAAAAUCAACAGCUUUCUCCAGGGACCUGAUGUGCCACAACCUAUAGCUCAACCCAGUGCAAGCAGCUCCUAAACCGAGGACACAAUGAAGGAAUGCAUGGCCAGUGUGCGUGUGUGUGUGUGUGUGUGUGUGUGUGUGUGUGUGUGUGUGUGUGUGUGUGUGUGUGUGUGUGUGUGUGUGUAUAAUAAGAGAUAACGUGAAUAUUCGAAAGCUGGAUUCUACACACUCAAUAUCCACUGCCCAAACACACUUCCUCACCCACAUCAGCUCAUUAGACAGCUCGUUAGAACGUACUACUGUUCUCAUGAAUCGGUUUCCAGCAUAGACCAGUUACAGCCAAGCAUCAUCUCUCAGAUGCACCACAGAUUUCAGAAAUCACUCUUAUUUUACUUUACAUCUUCUCGCAAUAUGCCUUUCUUUUCUCUUCUUUUCGAUAUGCAUGGGAAGCAAUAAUAUCACGUUGGACAUCUCACUUCAUACAUAUUAUACGAUGUCAUACGAUAGCGUUUAUAGAAUGAGAACAACACCUCGUCUUCAGUAUCUUCACUCAGUUUUGCUUUGAAAUCAUGAACAUUGGAAUUUUUUAUUUAUUUAUUUAUUUUAUUUUUCUAGCAAAAAUGCUUAAAUAGUCUUUUACCUCUUUGUAGAUAUUGAUGUUAUGAACUGCAAAAAAGAUCAUUACGUAUACCAUGAGGUUACAUAUCAGCACUUGUUAAGCCUCACCAGCAAACUUUUAUUUCUAACCUCCGGGGUGGACAAAUCAUACACUUAUCAACUAGCAGACCAGACACCAGACAAGUAAGUUCUAUGACCUGUGCAGUCUUAUGAUUUCAGGAAUGUUUAUCCAGAAAUCUAACUGGCCAGGCUAAUAAAAAAUGUUAGCUAAAACGUAUGGCAAGUUAGUUAGUUAGCUAAGUGUAGUAAUACAGAAUAAGGGCAGAAACAAUCUACAUGAACACAUACACUUUGCAAUGCAAGCUCAAGCUGUGUUCUGAGUGUUGCAGCAAGGGGGCGCUAUAAUCACCUAAUGGCGGAGGCUAGUUUCUACCUGUCGGCUGUCAUAGCAGAUGAGCAGUUUGAGUCUCUUGGAGAGCUGGUUAGUUCAUAUAAACAAAUACGACAUGGAAAAAUGGAAAAAAAAAAAAGAAAGAAUGAAAGUACAUUCUAAUCGAAUGAAAAUGGAAACGACUUUGGGACAGAUUUGUCCGAGUCACGAAAACGAUCGAAGGAUGUCCAUAUCUGUACUGCUGUGUCCAGCUUUCAUGAGAAACAUUAUAUAUAUAUGAUACGGCAUCGCUUCUGCACGCCAAUCGAAUUGAAAAUGCCUGACAAGAUAUUGCGAGUUCUGACAAAGUAGUCAUCAAGAGAGAAUGGAAACAACUUCGGGACUUCUUGUAAAAGACGAAAGGAUGUCCAUAGCUGUAACCUUGCGAGUAGCUAUGAGUAUAUAUGUCUGGACAUUAUAAUGAUUCAGUAAAUGUGACCAUACACAACAGGAGUGUGUGUUAGUAAAGAUUUGGAUGGGAGUUAUCAUUUGCGUUCGCAUAGAUAUAGAUAUGUAGUGUUUAUUCUGGCCCUAAAAUGGACACGAAUAAGUGUAUGAUUAUUAUCCUCGUCUAACAAUGUAUUCAAUGUUGUGUUUUUGAAAUCGACAGAAAGUCAGCAAGUUGUUGGACGACAUGGUUUUAGCUAUGCAAUGUCCUUGCGGUGCAGGUAAAAAUAUUAUAGGAGUCUGGCUAGUUUCAAAACAUUUUUCUCUCAAUAUGCUUAAGCGUGUUUUGUUAAGCACAAAGGCUUUGCUCUGCACUUUAUUGUGCUUAGUUGUAACAGUGUUUCUGAUUCUGUGAAAAAAGUUGUCAUCCGUGUAUGCUUGUUAAUCCGCUUAGUAAAAAACGUUCUACCUUAAGCUAGAUUGGGUGAUGGCUGAUGUGUGUAGUGCAGCAGGUCGGUGGGAUUCAGAGUGAGUAGCUUGUUUAAACACAUAGAUACACCAAAUGAAAGGUUUUGUUUCGCCAAGGUAAAUAAGAAAUGUUUUUUUUUUUCUUUCCCUUUUGCUACUUAUUAAACCUACUUGUCCAAUGAGGAACUAUAAACGAAAACUGAAUAACCUGGAUAUGAAAUUUGCUUGUCCAAGGUGUCCAGGUUACUGAUUUGUCCACCCCUGUAACCUCGUCUUCUGCCUGUAGUGUUUAAUCUUAAAAAAAAAACAAAAAAAACACCCAGCCAAAAUGCAAAAGUGAUUUCUUGAAAACCUCAAUGUCUGUGUGUGUGUGUUCAGUCGCAGUGUUUGCUACGUGGAAUAUAUUGUAUACAACAAUCAAAUUAGCGGAGUAAAUCCAGACAGCAUGCAGAUUCAGAUUCCUAACACGUCUAUGGAAUCGAUGUAGCUCCUGUGUCUACGUACUGUAUGAACACCUCGUUGUAUGUGAGUGUGAAUGUGUGCGAGUUUGCUGUAGGUGUGAUUGUGUUUCGGUUGUGCGUUUGUGUGCUGUUAGGUCUCUCAGGUUGCUGUAAACAGGAAAUGACCUCAUAGGUGGAUUAAAGACGAUGCAACUGCA